AUGUCCGGCGAAGGCCCCGAAUCGAUCCCGACGUCGGCAGACCCGCGCUCCAAGCGGCCGACCAAGAAGCGCGCCCUGACGCCCGUGUCGGCGCAGUCCGCGACCAUAGAGGCCCUCUUCGCCAAGCCAGACCAGCACAUACCCACCGAGCCUCGCGGUGGGGGCCCGCGGCGGACUAACAACGCGGGCAUCCCCGAGAUCGUCGCCAACGUUCAGGGCUCCAGCGCCGGCGCGGGCUCGGGCGAGUUCCACGUCUACAAGGCCGCGCGGCGGCGCGAGUACGAGCGGCUGCGCGUCAUGGACGAGGAGCUCGCGCGGGAGCAGGCGGACGAGGAGUUUGCCGCCAAGAAGGAGGAGAUGGAGAAGAAGGAUGACGACAAGACGAGGCGGAACCGCGAGAAGAGAGAGAAGAUGAAGGCGAGGAAGGCCAAGGCUAAAUCCGGCGGUGGUGGUGGUGGGCAGCAGAAGAACGGCGGCGGCUCAAGUACGACGGCAGGAGGUGGUGGUGGUGGUGGGGGCUACAGCAAAGCUCCUCGAGCCGAUGCGCUACGGCGGUUGGGCACGGAGAACGGGAACAGUCAGACGCGGCAAGACACAAGCACGAACGGGACCGACGAAAAUGUUUCGACAAGCGUGGAAGAGCCGAAAGGGAUUGUCAUUGAGGACGAUUAG